UCCAUCUCUUCCUCUCUCUCUCUCUCUCCUCUCUCCUCUCUCCAGAAACAAAAAAAGAGCUGUUUUACCCACACAAUAUCUAUCCAUGGAUGAUGACGGAUUGAAUAUGCGAAAUUGGGGCUAUUACGAGCCUUCAUUUAAAGAACAUCUUGGUUUGCAAUUGAUGUCUCCUUUGGGCGACCAUCGAGAUACAAAACCUUUCCUAUCUGCACGAGAAACUCCGGUGAUUCUGAACCCCAAUGGCGGAGCUGCCACAGCCGCCCCUUAUCACCACCACGCCCGCAAUUGUGUGGUUUCUGAAGCACCUAUACCAAUGCAUUAUAUGAGAGAGAGUUGGAUUCAAAGAGAAAGACUUCUUCAUAUGCUUCCUGGAAACCCCAAUUUUGCACUUCUUCCUGAUACUUCAGCUUCCAAUUCAAUCCACAUGAUGCAGCCGCUUGAUUCCACAAAAGAUCCUGGGAUGAAUGUGGACGAUAAUGCAGCCAUCAUAAAGGGAGGUGGCAGCAGUGGUGGUGGUGCUGGUGGUGACGAUGCUGGCGGGAGUGGUCCUGUAAAGAAAAGAUCAUCGGGGACAAACCCUAAAACCCCAAGAGCAAAGAAAGCGAAGAAAGGCCCUGCUGUACCAAAAGAAAACGGCAAUCCCACCGGCCAACGUUCAAAAGUUGUGAAAAGGAAUAUGGAUGUGGUGAUAAAUGGUAUCGAUAUGGACAUUUCUGGUAUUCCGAUACCUGUUUGCACAUGUACCGGAACUCCACAGCAAUGUUACCGGUGGGGUUCUGGCGGCUGGCAGUCGGCAUGCUGUACCACCACCAUAUCAAUGUAUCCAUUGCCGAUGAGCACCAAACGCCGUGGAGCCAGGAUUGCUGGGAGGAAGAUGAGUCAAGGUGCGUUCAAGAAGGUGUUGGAAAAGCUCGCUUCUGAAGGUUACAACUUUGUUAAUGCGAUAGAUUUAAGGGCUCAUUGGGCUAAGCAUGGAACCAACAAGUUCGUAACGAUCAGAUAGAUCUUCGCAGUGGCUGCACCCUGGUAUAUGGUUCGUCUUUAACUUGUAUAUACUUCUGUGGUCGUUUGCAGAGGUAUACUUGCUCAUGAAUUUUCCGUUUUUUCCGAGCUUUAGACAUUUGGGGUUCCAUUUAUAUUUCGAUUUAUGCUAAAAAAGGAUAUUUCUUGGCCAUCUAACGGUAGAAAUUAUGGAUUCGGUUUCUUUAUUUUAGUUUCUUUCGCUUUUAAUCACAUUGCUCGGAUCUUUUAUACUCGCUUGUUUGUGUAAUCUAUCAUGAAUCCAUCGAAUUCCUGGGCUUUGGGUGUUUCGCGUAUAUUGUGCAACUCAACUUCGAUUUGAAGGAUUCCU